AAGUUUCCUUUUCUUUCUUUUUAAAAACAAGACAGGGUCUUUCCCUGUUGGCCCAGACUGGCCUUGAACCCAAGUAUCAGGAAGCAGGAAUGCCCCCUCUCCUGGCCCCCACUCUCAGUUGUUCUUGAUACAAAAUUCAUACUUACAGAAAAGUUUUCAGAGAACUUAUGAUGGCAAAUAAAAAGGAAGAUCCUAAUGUAGAUUUCAUUGGUUUUUUCUUAUUUUUUUUUAUUUGGUUCGAUGGGAAUAGGGUAUUUGGAUUUGCUUUGAAUGGGUCUAAUGUUGAGGUUACUAAGACAAACUUAAGAGCCUGCCUGCAGUGUAAUUUAAGUCUCCAGAUUGUCGCAUCUGGUCUUAUUUUUUAUAAAUUGUCCCCACUUCUGACUGGCCAGUGGUUUGAUAAAAUGUCCAAUGAUGUAAAUGGUGGAUGAAAGGGCAUAUGUGGGUCUUUCAUUCUAAGUGUUCCCAUGUGUAUAAAUGCUCCUCACCAUACUGUGAGGUAAGUAUUAAUAACCUCCUCUUACAAAUGAUAAACAGGUGCAAAGAAGUAAAUAAUGUCUUAGAUUAAAAUUAGGAUCAGCCAAAAUCAAACCACAAACACUUGACAGUUUGAACCCAGAGCUAGUAAUCCUUAACAUUGCCUGUGCUGUGUGAACCAUACAGUCUUGGCAAGGUUUCUCUGUUUACAGUGUUCCUUCAGGGUCGUUCGAUUACAUACCACUUCGACAUGUUUUUCAAGUUCAAAAAACUCACAAAAGGCAUAUAAAACAUGCCGUUUUCUCCCUUGACGUUGACAAUCAAAUUCAUUCUGAUCUCUGUAGCAUAUGACUGCCCUGUGCUGCUGAAAUAACUUUUCUGAAGGCUUCAGCUUCUGGCUGUACAGUCCUCCCUCCAAAUCCAGGAAAUACGUUCUCCUUGCUUCUGCCAGGUGGUCCAAUUCCAGUGUUUCUGGCCCUACUGUCACUUUAGCAUAUGUAGCUGGCACACAACACAAUAAACCCACGCUGCAGGUGGAGGGCACGCAUGUUAUUGAUGUCCUGAAUUUGCUAUUCUAUAUUCCUAAACUUUGUUUAGGAACGAGUUGAUUUUGUAGAAUUGGCACAAUGCAAGGAACAUAAAUAAUUAAAGAAACAUGCCUUGAGUAUUCCUCCAUCUUUACAAUAAAAAAGGUCAGCACAUUAGGAGGGAAUCAGGUUGGUUAGACGGUUGACAGGGUAUUUGGGGAAUGAAAAUGAAAGCUUAAAGGACUAGUCUCCAUGGCCACAAACCAAGAUGGUUCCUUUAAGCGAGGGUGGAGUUGUGGCUUCCUGGAGCGGAAACCAAUGCUAACCUCUUGCUUCUGAAGUGUACGCCGCCGCCCCAGUGAUGCUAAACGCUGGACGUUUGCUGGGUUGGGCUACGCCUGCGCUGUACAGGAGCAUCCCAGGGUGCUAUGCGCCCUUACCACAGGCCCCGCCUUCAGGAGUAAGACAUGGUGCUGUCGGAGCUAGCAGCGCGCCUCAAUUGCGCCGAAUACAAAAACUGGGUGAAGGCAGGACAGUGCCUUCUGUUGCUACGCAGCUGUCUGCAGGGUUUUGUAAACCGCGAAGUGCUCUCCUUUCAUCGUGGACUGCUGAUCGCAGUCCCUGGCCUUGGUCCCCAGGCCACCUGCCGCGGCGGUUCACGGUGCAGCCCGCGCGCUCGCCAGUUUCAGCCUCAUUGUCAGGUAUGCACAGAUUGGAAACGCGAGAUCUUGCGGCAUCACAUCAACAGAAAUGGAGACGUGCACUGGGGAAAUUGCAGGCCUGGCCUCUGGCCAGUGGACCCUUGGGAGGUAGCCAAGGCCUUCAUGCCCCGAGGACUGGCAGACAAACGAGGGCCUGAGGAAUGUGAUGCGGUUGCUCUUUUAAGUCUCAUCAAUUCCUGUGAUCACUUUGUGGUUGACCGGAAGAAGGUCACAGAGGUAAUUAAAUGUCGAAACGAGAUAAUGCACUCUUCAGAGAUGAAAGUUUCAUCUACUUGGCUUCGAGAUUUUCAGAUAAAGAUCCAAAAUUUUCUCUACGAAUUCAAGAAUAUUCCAGAGAUUGUUGCAGUAUAUUCCAGAAUAGAACAGCUGUUGACAUCUGACUGGGCUGUUCACAUCCCUGAGGAAGAUGAACGAGAUGGGUGUGAAUUUGAAACAGAAAGUUACUUGAGUGUGAGCCAAAUCCAUGAAAUCGAAAUAGAACUGCUGAAGGAAAAACUGCAAGAGAUGUAUCUUCAAGCAGCAGCAGAAGAGGUGUUGUCAGAAGAGAUCUCAAAUCAACUGGAUGUAGUGAAAGGGUUUCUGCAAAGCAACACAGAUCUUAGAAAUGCCCUUACAGAAGACUUGCAGAAACUAGACAGCCUCCAUCUACAGCAUCAAAAACAAAUUUCAAAGGAUGCAGGGAGUCAGACACCUGAAAGGAAGACUUGAGCCUUGUACUGUUGGAUGCAGUGUUCUAUGGGAGUCAGAUUCACUUCCACCUCUCCGUCCAUCUGCUCAUUCCCAAGGUCUGUGACAUCAGACUGCCUCAUGUCACCUCUGGACAGAAUGUUGCUGUGUUCCCAGAACUACCCAGAAGAAACGCUUCAUGCCAAGGCUCAGGAAAGAUGAAUUCACUGUCUCAGCUGACUAGCUGACUGCCCAGCAGGGACCGUCCAGAGAGUGGGUAGCAGUAGAGACUAGAUUGGCAUGUAUUCUGACUUUCUAAUCCACAUGGAUGCAAAUGUGCUUACAGCUUGCUGUGUAGUUUUCAGUCUUCCGUUUUCUUUUUUUUUUUUAAGAUUUAUUUAUUUUAUUCUAUAUGUACACUGUAGCUGUCUUCAGACACACCAGCAGAGGCCAUCAGAUCUCUUUACAGAUGGUCGUGAGCCACCAUGUGGUUGCUGGGAAUUGAACUCAGGACCUCUGGAAGAGCAGUCAGUGCUCUUAACCGCUGAGCCAUCUCUCCAGCCCCAGUCUUCCGUUUUCUUCCUCCCUUCAUUUGUGAAGGUCCUCGAGAAGACGUCAAGAGUAAAGCAAGAUUUUGCAUUUUUUUUUGCAAGUUUGUCAAAGAAAAUCAAUUCCCUUCCCUACAAAGACCUGUUUUCUAACUGUAGGAAGUUUAAGAUCUAGACCUUUCCUUUUACACCUGUGUCUAGUUAGUUUGUCCUUAUCAAUUCAGCACAUACCAAGUCUCAGCCCUGUGCCAGACACUGAUUAGAUACCAGUGUAAGGAGUAGAUGUGGUGUAUACAGAGGUCUCAGCCUGUCAGCAUCUCUGCCGCGGAACUGUGCAUCUAGGUGAGGGCAUGUCCGGAUGGAUGAUUACCACAGCAUUGACACCCAGCCACCAGUAGAGGACCUACUAAGUAAGGGCAAACCAUCUGUACUCUGCCCCAUAAUUAUGAUCCCAUACUGAAAUGCAGUCAUGUGAACUACCUAUAAAGCAUCUAAAGUAAAGAAAUGGUUUGAGAGGGUGGAAUGAAGCUCAGUGGUGGGGUACUUGCUUGCCCAGCGUGUACAGUGCCACUGCCAAAGCAAGUAAAUAGAAAAGCAAAGUGUUUAAUAAUACCUAGCACGCUGUAGUGGUGUUUGUGGUCUAUAAUAACCGAGGUCUGCAAAGGUAUGGUUUGUUUUCCAAGUCAUUCUUCUGUGUUAUAUCUCUGAGAAGAAUUGUGGCUAUGGGGAGUAGUCAGAAGGAAUUUAGCUUUUCUGUUUUGUAUAGUCUCUUUUAAAAUAAGCAUGCAUCCAUGUAUAUUGAAAAUGUAUUACUGUUUUUAAUUUCAAAACAAAAUACAUGAGCAAUAUAUACCAAA